CCUGGCGUCUUCCUGCCUGGCCUCUUCCUGCCUGGCAUCUUCCUGCUGGCAUUUUUCAGCUUGGCAUCUUCCUGUGCUUCCUGGUUGCUGUCUUGUGCUGGGUGACUUCCCACCUGGCCUCCUUCCGCAUGGCGUCCAAAAGGACUAAGAUACUAAAAGAAGACAUAGCCGAUGGAUCCUAGUUCGUGGCCAGCUGGCCGUUUGAGGCUGAUAGCCAGAGAAAGGCUAGAUGAUGCUAGAUGAUGCGAGAUGAUGCUAAAUGGUGCUAGAUGAUGCAGGAUGCUUCUCAAACCGCAGACCCCCAUGUGAGACCACGUGGAUGGGGAUACCAUGGAACCGAAAGACGUCAGACACCAUCAUAAUUACAUUUAACUGUAAAUGUAAAACAUGCUUUUUUCCAACAUUAUGGCUAUUUAUGUUAUGCUAAUACAAUAAUAUUGAUAGUAUUGGUAGUGAUGAAUAAUAUUGGUAAUAUUGGUGGUGAUGAACAAUAACGUUGGCAAUAUUGGUAGUGAUGAAUAAUAAUGUUGGUAAUAUUGGUGGUGAUUAAUAAUAAUAAUGUUGGUUAUAUUGGUGGUGAUGAAUAAUAAUGUUGGUAAUAUUGGUGGUGAUUAAUAAUAAUAAUGUUGGUUAUAUUGGUGGUGAUGAAUAAUAAAGUUGGUAAUACUGGUAGUGAUGAAUAAAAAUAGGGAGCAUAUUGUGGGUGCUGUCUCUUUAAGAGCUUGCAAACAAUCACACCCCCUUCACCCCUCCCCUCCACACACGAGUCAUCGGACCUGUCAAUCACCGUGGCGGCGCCCUUUGAUGUGGGGGCUGGCGGCGUUGUCCCGCUCCGUCUUUCAGAGGACAUCGUCGUCAUCGUCAUCAUCAUCAUCGGCAGUCCUCCUCCACGCGCACUACUUUGUCUUCUUCCGGUGAGGACAAAAGCGGACAUUAGUGUAGUUCUAGCAAGUUUGCCGGAGUUGCCUGCCGUCUUCGCGGACAUGCCUCAACAUGGGGGGGACGACCUGGGCGCCACCGACGAGAUGAUCGCCUUCAAAGACGAAGGCGAGCAGGAGGAGAAGAUCCAGGAGAGCGCCUUCACCGAGAGAGACCUGGCCGACCUCAAGUCUUCUCUGGUCAACGAGUCCGAGAUCCAUCAGAACCCCGCUGGUGCUGCUGGCGCCUCGGCGCUCCGGCGAGGACAGCCCGCCGAGCAGAGGAACUUCAACAAACAACUGGACGGCGCAUCAAAGCAGCAAGACGGCGGCGUGUACAAGACGCCGGGCUACCCCGGCUACCCCUUCCUGAUGCUGCCGGACCACUACCUCCCCAACAGCUCUGUUUCGCCCACGUCCAACAAAGUGUCGGUGGUGCAGCCGUCCCACGGGAUGCACCCGCUCACGUCGCUGCUGCCUUACGCCAACGAGCACUUCAGCCCGAGCCCGCCGCACCUGCCCGCCGACAUGAGCCAGAAGACAGGCGUUCACAGGCACCAGUCCCAGGACCUUUCGGGAUACUACUCGCUCCCCGCAGGCGGCGUGGGCCAGAUUGCUCCGUCCAUGGGCUGGUUCUCCCAUUCCCUCAUGCUGGGCCCAUCAGGCAUGCACCCCACGGGGAUCCCCCACCCUGCCAUCGUGCCCCCCUCAGGCAAGCAGGAGCACGAGCAGUACGACAGAGGCGUGUACGUGAAGCCCCAGGUGGAGUCCAAGCGUGAGAAGGAGCCCAAGAAGCCGGUCAUCAAGAAACCUCUCAACGCCUUCAUGCUCUACAUGAAGGAGAUGAGGGCAAAGGUCAUCGCCGAGUGCACGCUCAAGGAGAGCGCCGCCAUCAACCAGAUACUUGGACGCAGGUGGCACGCGUUGACCCGGGAGGAGCAGGCCAAGUACUACGAGCUGGCCCGGAAGGAAAGACAACUCCACAUGCAGCUCUACCCCACCUGGUCCGCCCGGGACAACUACGGGAAGAAGAAGAGGAGGAAACGGGACAAGCAGCAGGACUCCAACUCAGAGCCUGCUUCUCCUAAGAAAUGUCGAGCUCGCUUUGGCCUCCAGCAGCAAACAGACUGGUGCGGUCCUUGCAGGAGGAAGAAGAAGUGCAUUCGCUUCCUUGAGGGAGGUCGCUGCUCCGCUUCAUCUUGUUCACAUCUAAGUGACUCUCCCCCCUCCCCCACGCCCCGCCGCAGCCGACCCCCCCCUCCCCCUAAACGUGCCCGGCCGGACCCGUCGCUCAAAGCCGCCACUUGAAUCAAGUGACCUUGGCUCACCUUCGUGUGGCCGGGAUGCCGUUUCCAUGGCAACGUCCACUAAACACCAGGCCGUCUUUGUUUGAAAAAAAGAUUUGCUUGAAUGUAAAACAAACCGUUUCAUUUCCAGCCCCGCCCACCUUCUCCCAUUUCACAUCAACAUUUGCAAUAAAAGCAAGUUUUUUGAUGAUUACAUUGGGUUGAGCUGCAGAGCCCUCCCCUUCUCCGCCGCGUACGCUCGUUCCGGUAACAACGUAGUACGUAGUACACACACAGUAUGAAAUACUAGCCACUAAUGGCUGACUGAAGGCUCCAGUGGCGUGUGACAGCAUACGCGGACAUCAACCGUCUGCUGCAAUAUGGCAGCUUGUGGUGGAAGAGGGAACACGGCCAAUGGUAAACGUGUCCCUCGACGUUUGCCGUCCCCUUCGUCCACAAGCAAAAGCACGUAGUAGCGCCGUCAGCGCCAUGUUGGCGGGCUACGGUCAUCUCACAUUGACAGAAAAAUACCCGCUUGGGAAUAGGAAGAAAUUCACGAGAAAAAGUCACCUGAAUGUACAAGAAUAAAGUUGCCAUUUUAUUAGAAUAAAGUCAUAAAUUGAUGACAAAGGUCACACCAGCCCCCCCCCCCCCUUCCAUAGCCGCACCACUUUUUUUCUCUCAUGAAUUUAUGACUUUAUUCUCCAAAUAUUACCACUUUAGUCUCGUAAACUUACGACAUGAUUCUCAAAACCUCACAUUUUUUUUCCAAUGUGGCCCAAAUACUGGUACUUUUUGUCCGCCUCUCAGCCCAUAAGAAAACAUUGUGAUGUCAUUCAUUCCAAAUAAAUGUUUAUUUUAUUUUAUGUUGUUCAGCUAAAAACACAAAUGCCCAAAUUGUCUGCUUCUUUUGUCUUCAUCGCAAAAAGAUCUUAUGUUAGUGUUUUUGAUAAUGAUAAUGAGCAUCGUUCCAUGUCCUCAAGUUGUUGUGUCCUUCCAGAAAUGACUUUCUCCGUGUUUGAUUGGCCAGAACUGUUGCCAGGUGCCGUGGCGCCCCCUAGUGCUUGCCAGCCGGUGGUGUGGGUGGGUUUUGUGGAUGUUUCCUUAGUCGGCAUCAAACGUAGCUACUUAUGAUGCGUGGAUGUUUGCCGUGUUUGACAAUCGCCUGUACGCCACCAUUCAUCCUCCAUUUUAUUCUAUUUGUGUAUAUUUCAAGGUUUUUUUUUUCACUGAAGAUGUAGCAGCAUCAAAGACCAAAUGGUUACUAUUCUAUUACAAUUCCUUGUAAAGUUUUAUAUUAAUUCUCGUACUUACAAUGAACUAUGUUUAAAAAAACAAAAUGGCUACAUCGCAAUACUUUGUGUUCUGUUUGAAAUGGCAAGCUGUCCUUGUAAACUAUUCCAUGUACGUCCGCCAGAGGACGCUGUCGCCGGCCAUAAAAGCCCCUGUAAGCUAAGCUGACUGUUUUCCAAAACUUUUUCAUGUAUUAAAUUUGUUAAAAACAGUAAUAGUGUGUAUGAAUGUAUGAUUGGUUUAUUUUUCAAUGGAGGAAAAUAAGCGAGUCGUUUUGCGGCCAUUUUAUUUUCUCUGUUCAAAGUCAACGAGACGAUGUGAGCGGAUUUUCCCCUCCGAGGUGACGUCAGUUAGGAAUGAAGGCAGCCAACCUGGCAACCACCUCAACAGCACAAACGUUACGAUUCCAUCUAACAUUGUCCAAACUAAGACGAGCAGUAAAAAAGUCCUACUGGAGGGGGGCAUGGGGGGGCGGAGCAAACGAGGGAAAACGUGAUGGCAAACGCAGACGACACCGGGCGUGUGCAAGACAAGCGUUCUUUAAAUAAUGACAGGUCUGCUGGGGUUCUACGGGGGGGUUGGAGUCGACGGGAACACCAGUGCAAGCGGUAAGCGGACGCGUUCCUAUUCAGUGUCUUAGUGUUCUUCUACUUCUCUUCGCACCAUUGGUUCUCUUUGCGUACCUGCGGGAGACAAAAAGACCACCUGGCGGUUAGGAGACGGAGACCACGUGAGGGGCCGCCUUUCA